CACUGAGCCACGACCCCUUUCAGCAACGGUCCUUCCUCCUCCAAUAAUUUCUGGUUGCGCAGAACUCUCCCCAUACUCAGAGGCCGGCUAUUCCUCACAGCUCCCUCUCCUAGGCAAGAGAGGAGGAGGAAGACCCCCGCCCCGUAACUGAAUUUCGCAAGUAACGCGCUUCGCACUGCAAGGGAGGAAGUUUAAAAACUUGUACAGGAAGCCUUUUGCAAAGUGAAAGCCCUCCUUCCUCCCUGGACCGAGACGCGCCGCCCAGCAGGGAAACUCCGCGGCUGCUCAAGCGUUUCCGCAUCGCUCCAAAAUGGAAGCUGAAACUCGGGUCGAGAAGCGAUGAGAAACAAAACCAAAACCUAGACGAGGCGAGAGAUGGGAUUGGCUGGAUCCUCACCCUCGGCCCGGCGUUGCUGGGACUCCCUCGCCAACACCAGCGGGUAGGAGACGGAGGAGAGCUGCCAAGUGUCGGGGAGGCGGGUGAGGAGGGGUCAGGGGGUGGGUGUCCCGGGACCGACGGGGUCUCCUUGGAAAAAGGAGAAGCGGGGCAGGAUCCUUCUCCCUGUCACGAGUGGGAAGGAUCGGGCGCGGAAUCGCCCCUCUGCCCCAAAAUGAUUACAUUGUGUAAAAGGACGUGUAGCUAUGAAUUUAAAAAAGGGGUGUGUGUUUUGGAGGGGGCGCAUUAAAGAGGAACGGGUUGUUUUUUUUACGCUUAGGGCGCAACAGGCGCUUGGUCAACGGUGCGCAGAUUUUUAGGCUGGGUGGGAAUCGGUUGUAAACAGUGGGCGCUGUCAGAGGCAGAAGAGGGUUUUCCAGGAGCAAAGCUCGUUCCGUUGUUUGCAAGGCCCUUUCUGCGUGAAAAGGCAUGUCACGGGGGGUGUGAGCUUUUGUUUGCGUACAUCCGACUGUUUCCUGCCUCGGUGUUUUGUCUCAAAGCUUCUUUGAGAUAAACCAGCGGUGUUGUUUUGCCCGAUGGAUGAGCCGCAGGAUUUCACUUCGCUUUUAAGGCUUUGCUGUCCGUUUAAAUAUUCAAGCUCUUCUCUUUCCGCUGAAGGAUAGAUUUCAUGUUUAUUUUACAAAAUAAAAAUGGAGAUCCAUGUUUUUUCCCCAGGGAGAAUAAAUUGUGGCUUUAAGGUGCCACCAGGCUCUCUCUUAAAGUUUGCCUACAACAGGCUAACUAGCCUUUUGCUCCGGGUAGACAUUGAUCCUUCUGAUAUUGGUUGCAUUUAUGUCCUGUGGCGGUUCAGAUGUCGUUGCAAUCAACUGUCCCCAUCCCUGACCAUGGGUUAUACUUGUUGGGAUUGUUGGGAGGUAGAGUUGAGCAACAUUGGAGGGCCACAGGUUUUCCCCCUCCUUGACUUAAAUGUUGUUUCAUCUUUUAGCAAUGUUUCCUUAUACUGAGUCACUCUAUUUUUCCAUUUAGCUGACUCAGCGAUUCUCCCACUUGUUUUAGACAGGUGUGUCCAGCCCCACCUGGAGAAGCCGGGUAUUUAAACUGAGACCUUCUGCAAACAAAGCAAAUAGCUUCCAUUGAGCUAUAGCCCUUCAGUGUUUAUUUGCAAGAACAACAAUUUCCUAUAACCUCUGUCCCUCUUAUGUUUCCCCUGCUCCGCAUUAAGAAAACUUUAUUUAUUUGCUCCAUUUUUGGCUCUCAUGCUUCUCUAUUUUAUCCUCACAACAACCCUGUGAGGCAAGCUAAGCUAGGAGUGACUGGCCCAAGAUCACCCGGUUAGUUUCGUGGCUGACUGGAGAUUUGAACCCAGAGCUUCCUGUCCAAAACUCUAUACCGUACUGGCUCUACGGACGUGGGUGGCACUGUGGUCUAAACCACUGAGCCUCUUGGGCUUGCUGAUCAGAAGGUCGGUGGUUCGAAUCCCUGCGACGGAGUGAGCUUCCGUUGCUCUGUCCCAGCUCCUGCCAACCUAGCUGCUUGAAAGCAUACCAGUGCAAGUAGAUAAAUAGGUACCGCUGCGGCGGGAAGGUAAAUGGCGUUUCCAUGAGCUCUGGUUUCUGUCAUGGUGUUCCAUUGCACCAGAAGCAGUUUAGUCAUGCUGGCCACAUGGCCUGGAAAGCUGUCUUUGGACAAACGCAAGCUCCCUUGGCCUGAAAGCGAGAUGAGUGCCGCAACCCCAUAGUUGCCUCUGACUGGACUUAACCAUUCAGGAGUCCUUUAACUUUACCUUUACCGCACUGGCUCUACCAAUAACAAUUUUCUAAUCAAUUCUGUCCAAUCCCUGGCUUCUUUCUAGUGUAAUUAUCUGGCCUGCCCUCACUACAGCCCUGUAGGGUCAAUCAUUAAUUAGUGUUCCCUGUUUACACAACUCAGAAAUGUGAGAGCAGGUUUAUGCCUUAUUAAGAAAUUAGGUACAUUACUGCCAGUACAUGCCCCCCGCCCCGUUCUUUGUAACAGGACUAGAAACUUAAUUUAAAAAGAGGAAAAACCCAAAAAUUCAGGAAAGAAGCCCAGAAUCUAUUUGUGGGACAAAGUCCGAAUACUGUAUUGACUAACUUACUAUAUGCACAUCCUGCAUUAUUGAACUGGCUUAGGGCUUGCAGUUCAUUCCUUCCUUUUCCAACUGUGGCCUAUAUUCCUAAUACACAAAUGCUGAUCAGGGUGGCACAUUAGAACUAAAUACACCACUGGCUGCUUUCCCUAUAUUUUUUCAGCUUUCACUUUCAAAUAAAUAGUUUUUGGCCCUCUGGAUUGCGGAGAAGUAAGUAAAGAGGUAUAUAUAAGCUGAGACCUCCCAGUUACUCCAGCCAGCCAAUGUUGGGCCCAUAAGUCCAAAGGCACUGGAUUGGUUGACAAAGCCCUAGGUGCCUAUUUUUUUUUUUUAUAAACAUAAAGUUGAUUUCAUGUAUGCAUUUGUUAUUGACUUAAAAUGCUAGAUGCCCAAGAGGAAAAGCACUUGGGUCUCUCUCUUUCUGUGUGUAUUGUACAGUAAAGGUAAAGGUAAAGGGACGUCUGACCAUUAGGUCCAGUCACGGAUGACUCUGGGGUUGUGGUGCUCAUCUCGCUUUAUUGGCCGAGGGAGCUGGCGUACAGCUUCUGGGUCAUGUGGCCAGCAUGACUAAGCAGCUUCUGGCAAACCAGAGCAGCGCACGGAAACACCAUUUACCUUCCCGCCGGAGCGGUACCUAUUUAUCUACUUGCACUUUGAUGUCCUUUCUAACUGCAGGAGCAGGGACCGAGCAACGGGAGCUCCUUCGAACCGCCGACCUUCUGAUCAGCAAGUCCUAGGCUCUGUGGUUUAACCCACAGCGCCACCCGCGUCCCUUAUAUUGUACAGUAAAGGUACCCCUGCCUGUACGGGCCAGUCUUGACAGACUCUAGGGUUGUGCGCUCAUCUCACUCUAGAGGCCGGGAGCCAGCGCUGUCCGCAGACACUUCCGGGUCACGUGUUCAGCAUGACGAAGCUGCUCUGGCAAACAGCACCAGAGCAGCACAUGGAACGCUGUUUACCUUCCCGCUGGUAAGCGGUCCCUAUUUAUCUACUUGCACCUGGGGGUGCUUUCGAACUGCUAGGUUGGCAGGCGCUGGGACCUAGCAACGGGAGCGCACCACACCGCGGGGAUUUGAACCGCCGACCAUGCGAUCGGCAAGUCCUAGGCGCUGAAGUUUUACCCACAGCGCCACCCGCGUCCCUUAUAUUGUACAGUACUUAAUACUAUACACUAAUUUUGACCAUGUUUAUCUUCUGGUCACAAUAUUUCUGGCCGUGAACCUCUUGGUUUUGCUUCUACAAUAUGCAAAGCAGCCCUUGUACAUGUUGCUUCACCUUACGCUCUUCCCCAUGUUUUAAAAUAAAACCAAGCACCAGACCUCGCAAUCUCACAGCCCAGGGCCAUGUCAGCUCCACACUAGAAAUGUAUUAAAGGACUCCAGCAAAAAUGCAUGCUUCAGGUAGGUCAGAGGAUUUGGCAAGUCAUGCAUUGCCUAAUUCCUCUUGCAUUGCAUUUUUAAACAAUCCUAUUUCUGCUUGAUUUUUUACAUUUUUUAUGUAGUUAUUUUUUUCCAUAAUUCAUUCUGAAUUUGCUAACCUUGGAAUGGCGUGAAAAUGUUAUUCUGCAGCUUCUUGGGCUUUUGUGGGCCUGGCCUGGCUACUUCUUAACUAGGACCUUGAUUGCUUUAUAAAAAGAAAAGCAAGAAGAAUUGGAAAGAAAGGUCCUUAGAAGGCUAAGCAUUGCUUGGCAAGCAGUUCCACAUUCUGUGGAUUUUCUGUGUGCCGCUGAAUUGCAGCUUGUGUUUUCUCUCCUGUGAAUCUUGUGCUGAUGAGCCAGUGUGGUGUAGUAGUUAACAGCGAUAGACACGUAAUCUGGGGAACCAGGUUCGCGUCUGCACUCCUCCACAUGCAGCUGCUGGGUGACCUUGGGCCAGUCACACUUCUUUGAAGUCUCUCAGCCCCACUCACCUCACAGAGUGUUUGUUGUGGGGGAGGAAGGGAAAGGAGAAUGUUAGCCGCUUUGAGACUCCUUCGGGUAGUGAUAAAGCAGGAUAUCAAAUCCAAACUCUUUGUCUUCUCUUCUCCUUGUCUGUUGUCUUCCUUUGCCUGCAGAAGUUGCAUCGUCUCCCUUGCUGCAUUUCAAAUUCAGGUUUCGUCCAGAACCUUCCUCCCCCCAUUCAACCCGUGUUUUCGUUCCGCAGUUCGUUAUCCACAUAACGGCCUGCCUCAUCUCCGGAACGGAAACGUGGCCCCGCAGCCGGUGGUCGUGAUCUCCUGCCAUGACGAGCAGUGGAAGGACCCUGGACGAAUUUGCCGUCUCCGAGGAGGUGCGGGAGUUGGUGACCCAGCAGCGUCCCAGGAUCGAGCAGCUCUUUGGGGUGGAGCUGAAUGUCCUGGGGGUCCUGGGGUCGGCACAGAGCCCCAGCGAGGACCCCCAGGGAGAGAGGAAGAUCUGGCUGCAGCUGCAGGGAUGCAGAGAGAAUUUGCAGAGGGCAAAGGUGCGAAAGGGCAGGAGCGGGAGGGAGGGAGGGAGACGGUAAGGGUUUCUGUGGGUCUCCAUCGACUAGCCCAGGCGUCAGCAAACCUUUUCAGCAGGGGGCCGGUCCACUGUCCCUCAGAACUUGUGGGGGGCUGGACUAUAUUUUGAAAAAAAUAAUAACAACGAAUUCCUAUGCCCCAGGGACGCAGGUGGUGCUGUGGGUUAAACCACAGAGCCUAGGACUUGCCGAUCAGAAGGUCAGUGUUUUGAAUCCCCGCGAUGGGGUGAGCUCCCGUUGCUCGGUCCCUGCUCCUGCCAACCUAGCAGUUCGAAAGCACGUCAAAGUGCAAGUAGAUAAAUAGGUACCACUGCAGCGGGAAGGUAAACGGCGUUUCCGUGUGCUGCUCUGGUUUCGCCAGAAGCGGCUUAGUCAUACUGGCCACAUGACCCAGAAGCUGUACGCCGGCUCCCUCGGCCAAUAAAGCAAGAUGAGCACCACAACCCCAGAGAUGGUCAGAACUGGACCUAAUGGUCAGGGGUCCCUUUACCUUUAUCUAUGCCCCACAAAUAACCCAGAGAUGCAUUUUAAAUAAAAGCACACAUUCUAAUCAUGUAAAAACACACUGAUUCCUGGACCAUCUGCGGGCUGGAUUUAGAAGGCAAUUGGGCUGGAUCCAGCCCCUGGGCCUUAGUUUGCCUACCCAUGGACUAGCCUUUGGAAUCCAGGACAGAGACGCCACCCACUGGCCUCUUCUGCUGUUAAAGUAAGCACCUAGCACAUCUGGAAUAUACCAGCAUAGGAAGCAGCCUUGUGCUGAGUCAGCCCAUUGAUCCAGCUUACUCAAUAUUGCCUGCACUGUUGGGCAGCAGCUCUCCAGGUUUUGGGGUAGCCCUUUGUGGAGAUGCUGAGGAUUGAAUCUGGGACCAUCUGCUUGCAAAUGAGAUGCUCUCCCACUGAGCCUCAGCCCUUCCCAAAGCACGUGGCUAUGUAUCACCAUAUGAAGUAGCCUUUUACUGCCUUAGACCAUAGAUCUAUCCUGCCAAGUAACGUCUUUUCUGGCUGGCAGGGGCUUUCCAGGGUCUCACAUGGGGGUCUUCCUUUGCUGCCUGCCUUCCAAGAUCCUGGAGAUUGUGAGGAACAGGUCUGGGACCUUCUACAUGCAAAAGCAAAUGCUCUGAUGUUGAUCUAUGGCCCCUUGUAAAGAGCAGAAGUGAGCAUUAUGCCCUGCAUGGGAAUGCCACCAUGGCAAAACUCCCCUGCAAAGGUCAUAUCUUCCAGCACCAUUGUAUUCUUAUUAUGUACACAGGCCUUCAGCUGCUAAUGACAGGGAGUGGAGAAACUCACUAUGUCAUAAAACUACCUUUCAUGGUAUGUGUUCCCAAAGGUGGAGGGGUUGCUCAUCAUGGGGAUACCAACUGCAAUGUCACAUAUGCUCUAUUUUCCAGGAAUACAUCAAAGGUCUCUGUGCACCGGAGCUGAGUGAAGAGGUUUACUACCCCAAAGACAUGCAGUGCAUAUUUCUGGGAGCCCAGGGGUUGUUCCUAGACUGCCUCACCCAAGGGACAUCUGCCAACCUUACUUUCCUUCGCCCUGGCACUCUGUUAGUCUCCGGCUUGGCUGAAUCCUUCGUCAUGGCGCAGAGCCGGAUCCAGGACUUUGUGGAAAAGCACCAGAAGAACCUCAGGCUGCCCGAGGAACAGGAGACCCAAGUCAAACGGGCCUUCCUGGAGCUGGUGGAAACCUACAAUGACAAACACGCUAUGGACCUCUUGAUCCUUCCCACCUCGGUCAAGGAGGAGUUGCUCAGUUUGGUGAAGGAGAUUCAGGAAGAAGAUGGGGAGCACAGGCAAAGGAACGGAUGUUGGGCACCAAGCCUCGGGCAAGACCAUUUGGUGGGCUGGGAAACUAACAUGGGUGGUGGCGGCAGGCCUCAGUCUCCAAGUAAAAAUACCUUUGGCUUGCCCAUGGGACUCAGUAGAGUCCAAGAACAGAGUAGAACUGGAGACUCUACCAUUGAUUCGCCUGCAGGCUUUGCUAGGCCUGAAGCAUCUCCUCACAAGUCCCCACAAGAGGCUACACAACCGCAGUCCUCUGUCAGGCCUCGAGAUUUUAGGACUGACUUGCCUGUCACGGUUGGUAGGCCUCAAGAUCAUACUCUACCUCAGGUGUCAAGGGUUGACUUCUCCAGAGGCUUUGGUGAGCCUGAAUUCCCCAGUAGGCCUCAGCACGACCUGUCUUGCUUGAAUGGUCCUCAGGGUUGGCCUGAGGUAACAACCCCCACGAGGCCAGCACUUCCCAAGAGUUCCCCUAAACCUAUUCCAAAUGCACAGGCUCGGUUUCUUCCUGGUUACGGAGGCCAAGCUGAGUCUUUGCAGGAUCGUCACGAGGGGAAGAAUGUUCUUUGUGCAAGGGACUCGAGCCCUGCCAGCUUGCCUGAGGAAACCAGUGAAGAGGAGCCAUCGUCAGAUGUCCUGUUGUCAUCGUGGACGGAGAAGGAGUUCAAAAUGAGGCUGAACUUCUUUAAAACCAUGGGCUAUGAGGAACGGGUGGUCAAGAAGAUACUCUUGGAGGGAGGGGUAUGUGAGGCACCUUCAACUAUCCUGGACAGGGUCCAGAUGGCAGAGGCGUCCCAGAAAGAAGGGGUUGUCCUCCCUCAGACGGAGCCUGGGGGAAGAGAGCGCUCUCUCUCUCCACCAGAAAAGAACCAGGAUGAAAAUGAGUAUCUCCGGGAACUCAUCAAAGCAGCUGCAGCCAACUGUGGCCACUCGCCAAGCGAGAUCCCCACAGAGAUACAGACAGGAGCCCCAUUGGCAGGUCUGCUGAGGCGGCUCAAUGAGAAGGGGGAACACCAAGAGGAGGCUGAGGCUGCAAUGGGGGCCUCAGCAGCAAAGCUAGAACAUGGAGGACACCUUGGUGCCUGGAGGGCGGCCAUCUUGAAUCACAGGGAAUCUUCGCCUCAGAGGCCUCAGGAGAGAGGGGGGAACAGUGGGUCCCCUUUCCACGAGGGCGUCAGUUUGUCCCCAGUCAACCCAGAAGUUGCUGCUUUCUCUCCUUCCCCCAGUGGUCACCUGUUCUCGACAUCCGAUUCUGAGGGGAGCCAGUCGGCAGAAAGCAGCAGCUUAGGGCUCCCCCACCAAGGCUCUGUUCCUACAGUAACCGGAGCCCAGCGCUUUGAGGAAGCCCUCCAGACUGAGUUCAAGCUCAAGUUGGCCAACACGCCAGGGAAGAAGAACCUACGGAUGAUCAUCAUUGAUGGCAGCAAUGUGGCCAUGAUGUGAGUGGUGUGUUUGUAGGGAGCCUGGGAAUGAGCUUUUCCUAUUGGUAUGGCUGUGGUACAUGAGGUUGUUAUAAACCAGAGGUAGCUAUCUUGUGGACAUUUUUUCAAAUGUUAUUGGGUUCCAGUACCUAGCCAUCCAAGCCAGCCUGGCAAAUGGUCAAGGAUGAUGUGAGUUUUAGUCUAGCAACUUCUAGAGGGGAUGCUGGGUUGUGCAGCUCAAUCUUUUCUUUGUUGCUCCUCCCUUUUAAGCGCCUAAACAAACCAAGGAGGGAUAUAGCUUAGUGUUAUAUAUGAACCUGAUAUGGUGGUUUGUUUCCCUUUAAAACAAUGGUUUGUAUUGGUCUAUGGAUUGUGGUUUGUCGGGGAAAACAUACCAGGGUCCUAGGUUCAGACAGAAUGUUAAGUCAAGAGGUGGAGAACCUGUAGCCCUCCAGAUGUUGCUGGACAGAUGUUCCCCAUAAUCCAUAAUUGACCAUGGUGUUUGAGGUUGAUAAGAACUGGAGUCCAACAACAUCUGGAGGAUGCAGGAUCUCAUAUCUCUGGUUUAAUCCAAGGAGAUUGUCUUACCAUAAUGUGUGAAACGAAUGUGAAAAGAAAACGAAUAAUGGUGAAUUUGUUGGGGUGUCUUUUAAACCCCAUCUGCACAUAACUGCUUUAAACAGUUUCUCACAAAGAAUCCUGGGGACUAUAGUUUGAUAAGGAUAUUUAGAGUUGUUAGGAGUCCUUUGUUGCCCUCAUAGAGGCAUAAUCUCCCGCGUGGCUGUGGUAGAGUAUACCAUCCUGAAGGCCCCAAUAGCCCCUGUUGGUUGCUGUGGCUUUCCAGAUGUUAAGACUGCAGCUCCCAUCUUCUCUAACUAUUGGUCAUGCUGGCUGGGGCUGAUGUGAGCUGGGAGGCCCAACAGCAUCGGGAGAACAGGUUCUCCAUCUUGGAGAUAGAUAGAUAGAUAGAUAGAUAGAUAUAGAUUAGAUAUAGAUAUAGAUAUAGAUACACACAUACACAGUUAUAGUAAAAAAUGUACCUUCUAGGAAUUCUGCCUUGGCUGGCCAAGGAAAGACUCAUCUACAUUUGUAGCUCACCAGUUCUCUAAAACAGGGGUUCCCAAACUGGUCCAUGGACCACCGGUGGCCUGUGAGCUUCAUUCAGGUGGAUUUGUGUUUAAAGAUGGGAGAUGGCACAUCCAUCAUAUUAAAUAUUCAUAUUGACUUUUAAUUGUAAUUUUUAAUGCUACUUUUAUUUUGUAUAUAUUUAUAUGAGAAAUAAAAGUAAUAAAAAAUAGAACUGAAAAUUAUACUGCAUACAGCAGGCAGAGAAAUCACUGAGUGGUUCCCCAAGAUCUUCAGCAAUUUUCAAGUGAUCUGUAGGGGGAAAAACAUUUGGAAGGCACUGCUUUAAAACACGCAAUGCUGCUAACCCCAGGGUUAUCCACACUUUCUCUUCUCCCACUGCUCUCCCUUGAGAAAACAGCUCUUUAGUAUUCAUUCGGAGCAAACAGCAUCUUGGGUUUUCCCCAGAUUGCCAUUUGUUCUGAUCUAUCGCUAAAGAGCGGUUUUUCCCUUUGAAAGGAGCGGGGCAAGGGGGAAACUGCUUGGAUUUGCGCCUAGAAAGUGUGGGUCAAGCGGAAUACAGCUUGGACCCAUGCUUUUUACGAUCUGCUGUGUAUCUUGCUUCCUUUGCUGGGAUAGCCAGUGGAUUCACCUAAGUGAUUCUUCUUAUAGUCCUGCCAUUUUGAGUGUCAUCAUCUGUCCUCGUAGGCACGGUCUGAACCAGUUCUUCUCAUGCCGGGGCAUCGCUCUGGCCGUACAAUAUUUCUGGGACCGUGGGCACCGGGAGGUGACUGUCUUAGUACCUGCACAUCGGAUGGAAGAAGACUCCAAUGUGAGAGGUGAGAGAUGGCUGGCUCCCACCUAUUGGGUGAGAACUCAGACGAUAUUUUUGCGGGGGCAGUGCUGUUGCUUUUUAAAAGCCAUUAACUGAUUAUUUGGAUUGAUCUGUGUGUUAUUAAGAAAGAUAGGGCGAUCUGCUUUUAACUGAUGCAGAGAAAAGUGGCCGCAGGCCCCCCGAUGUCAGAGGGAGUGAGCCUCUGAAGACCAGUUGGUGAGAAUCCUAAGUGAGGAGAGUGCUGUUGCAUACGGCUUCCUAUGGGCAUCUGGUCGGCCACUGUGAGAAUAGGAUGCUAGAUUGGACGGACCUUGGUUCUGGUCAAAUAGGGCUCAAUGUGUAUGUUCUCAUGUUAUGCUCCAUUCUUAAAAGAGACAUUCCCUGCUAUUUCGAAGAUCAACUAGAACGCCUCUUCUAAGACAGUGCCAGAUGUAUCUAUUGUAGCUUUGAGUGUGAAUAAGUAUUUUCAUUAAAAAUAAUUAGGGAUGGGGGAAACCUAUGGCCUUCUAGAUGUUAUUGGGCUCUAGCUCCUAUCAGUUCUGACUAUUGACCACCCUGGACAGAGUUGUUGGUGGUUAGGGUCCAACAACAUUAGGAGGUCUAGAGAUUUCCCCAUAACUCAUGCCAGCAUGAGAGUUUUAAUCUAUCAACAUAGAAUCAUAAAAUUUGAAAGGGACCCCAAGGGUUGUCCAGUCCCACCCCCCAUAGCAGGCUAUGCAAGCAUCUGGAGGGCACUAGAUUAGGGAAGCCUCCCCACACUUGGGGGAAGAACAUCUGCCUUGCAUGAAGAAGACGACUCCGGCAUUCAAUCCUUGGCAUCUCGAGGUAGGACUGGGAGAGAACCCACUGAGGUUGAUGGACCCAAUGGUCUUGCUCAGUUUAAGACAACCUCCUGUGUUCCUCAUGAAAGGCCACCUACCUACUGAGGAGUAAGUCUUAACUGGAACCAAGGACACUUACUUCCAAACAAACAUGGAUGAGAUCAGGCUGCAACUGCCGCAGCCCCAAUAAGAAAUGAGGAGUCAUUGAAUGUGAUGUUGGUGUCUCAGCUUCAAUGCAAGUAUCAUUCCUCUUUGGUUUUUUUCCUCUCCCUUUUCCCCAACCACAGAGCAGCACUUUUUGAUUGAGUUACAGAACCUGAGCAUCCUCUCCGUCACGCCGUCACGCAAAAUAGAUGGGAAGGGCAUCGUGCCGUAUGACGACAGGUCAGUAGAGCUUUCUGAACUUACCAUAAAGGCAAUUCAGCGUUUCUCUGUAUCAGACAUGGUAGAGGUUCGCCUGUCGGCACUGAGUGGCUGUUCCCUGUGUGAGCGAUCUCCCUGAUCUCCCCCUGCUGUUGGUCUGCCUGCUGCGAGAUCAUGGAACGUUCAGCUAACAUUUUAAAUAUUGGUGGGGAAGGAGUGGAAUGCUGGAGCUCAGUACAGCUCUGCAGGAGAGACGAAAGGUCUGUUUGGUCUGAGAGUUUAGCCAAAGGUUGGACAGAAUUGAGGACCCACUUUCGUUUUUGGCUGGAACACCAAGGUCCACCCCAAAAAAUCAAAGGAAUGACAUUGGGGGCGGAGCCAGAUGCAAAGUGGUCCUGGGGUGAUGGUGGAGCCAAUUAUCUGCUGCGCCCCAUGAGCUCAUGCACUGUGAUGCAUGUAUACAUUCAGAUCUUCACCUGCGUUACUACAGAACAAUAAUUCCAACUGGCCGAUUUGUGUGGGGAAGAGAAUCCUUAACUUGGGCAUAGGCAAACUCGGCCCUCCAGAUGUUUUGGGACUACAACUCCCACCAUGCCUGACCACUGGUCCUGUUAGCUAGUGAUGAUGGGAGUUGUAGUCCCAAAACAUUUGGAGGGCUGAGUUUGCCUAUGCCUGCCUUGUUGUUGUUGUUUAGCUGUUUAGUUGUGUCCGACUCUUUGUGACCCCAUGGACCAGAGCACGCCAGGCACUCCUUUCUUCCACUGCCUCCCGCAGUUUGGUCAAACUCAUGCUGGUAGCUUCGAGAACACUGUCCAACCUGCCUGCCUUAACUGUUGUUAAAACAACUGGGUGUCAGAAACCUUCAACCAUCGAAUCUCUUUCCUGUCCAAACCUGUUUUAGUCAAUCAGAACGUUUCUGUGUGCUUGAUUAGUUGGUGGAAGGGUUUGAUCUCUUCUAAACCGAUCAGUCAAUAAAACAUUGCUGUUUCAGUUUUUCGCUUUCUUCAAGGCGGUGGUGGGGUUUUUGUGUGUGGCAGAAACUGAUGAAAAUAUCCUUUGUUUCUCUGGUCUUGUUUUUUUUUUUUUUUUGCUUCAACUUGGACCUUCCCUGGGAUUUCCCCCAGGUUGGGCUUUCCAGAUGUCAAGUCACCGGAUAUCGCUAUGCUUUGAUGAGGUCACAAGUACGAGAGUUUGGGGCAGAAGUAGGAAAUGACUCUGCCAGCAGAUGGGCCCGGGGUGGGGGUGGCAGGCAUGAUUUUUGAGUCAUGGUGUAACUGACAAGAUAUGAAAGGGUGGUUAUCACAGAAAGGAACUGAAGCACGUUGUGGCUACCAAGACACAGAGUGAAAUUCUGAAGUGAUGUCAGUCACACCACAGAGAGUGAUAUUCCAGAACCAAAUUCUCAAAUGUUUUCCGUUUCCUUGGUAUAUUUUUAUCCUUCUCCUUCCGUUAUUUCCUCACAACAAUCCUGUUAGGUAAGUCAGGCUGAGAAAGGGGGCUAGGGCCGGGGAAAGCUGUGACCCUUCAGCAUACUGCUGCACUCCAACUCCCAUCAGCCUUAGCCAGCAUGGCCGAAUGGAUGAUGGGAGUUAUAGUCCGGUAACAUUAGGAGGGAUUUGAACUGUGGUUUCCCCAGUUGAAAUCUAACACACUAGCUACUGUGCAAUCCUGGCCUGGAGUGGAGGAUGACAUCAUCGCAGUGGGUUUUCAUUGGGUUCCAGUUCCAGUUUUCAUUGGGUUCUGUGGCAAACCACUAAAAUUUAAAAAAAAAUUCUAUUUGACAGGUGUUUUCUUCCCUUCCUAUGCCCGCAGGUUCAUGCUCAAACUAGCGGAACAGACCAACGGCGUGAUCGUCACCAAUGACCAGUUCCGGGAUCUUGCGAAAGAGUCGAAGAAAUGGAUCCGAAUCAUUAAAGAAAGGUGCUGUGGGAAUUGGUGACAGAGUAGCCUUCUUCUUUUUCCUUUUGACUUUCUCGAUUGUGCCAGGCUUUCACCCUCAGUUGAGCAGGGCUGGGGAGAGUAGGAAAAGGAUGUGGAUAUAUAGCCCUCCUUCUCUGGAGAGCUUUGGUUGCUGUUUGAUCUGUGGCUUGGGAACUGGGUAGAUGGGGGAAGUUGAAGAAUUGUACUCUGGCCCCUGGGCUUAGUGGUGAGAGGCUCAUUCCCUGGCAUGUCCAGAAAUUGCUUUGGGGAAAAACAACAACAACCUGCCUGUUGUUGUGUAUUUUACUUACAUAUUGGUUUUUUAGUUGCAAGCUGCCAUUUUGGCACAGAAGUGACCUGUUAAUUAAUAAAUGAUAAAAACAACACCGAGGUAGAUGAACCAAUAGCCUAAACUUGUACACACCACACAUUUAAAGCACAUGACCAAAGAAUCCUGGGAAUUGUAGUUUACCUCCUCACACAGCUACUAUUCCCAACACCCUUAACAUUGUUCAAACAGCUGAACUGGCCUCCCAGAGCCACAGUUCCUGGAGUUCCCUAGGAAAGAGGGAUGAUGGUUCAAACUCUGGGAAUUAUAGCUGAGCACAUGUAAUGAACUACAGUUCCCAGGAUUGGGGGGGGGAACCACGACUAUUAAAAUGGUGUGUAAUAAUGUUUUAAAUGAACCGUGCAGAUGUGGCCUGAAUGCCACUUCUUUCUCUAGGCAAUAGGAAGUGCCCGUCAAACUGGUUUGGAUUAGGGCCCCCUUGCCUUAAUACGUCCCAUCCAUCUUUACGUUACUCUUCUUGACUCUGUUUCUUGGUGUACCAUCCAGCCUUCUGCAGUACAUCUUCGUGGGGAAUAUUUUCAUGGUUCCCGAUGACCCCUUGGGACGAGACGGGCCCACCAUAGCAGAAUUCCUGAAGAAAACCCCCAGGUAUGCACCCACACGUGGAACAAGUGAUCUAGCUGAGUGGAGUCGGGAUAGGCAUUUAACAUGUUAAAAAGUCUCCAUGGGCCAGAGCAAGCAGCUGUCCCUAGGAAAACACCCUUUGUUUGUGUCCCCCGCUUUCCAACCACAAAACAGAAGUAUAUAUAUUUCAGUGCAUGGUGACACUGCUCCAUCUUGUGGCCAGAGAAGUAUGUGGGUUGGAGCUACAACAAACCUGAGUGGAAAUUAUACUGCCACAUAUCCUUCCAAGUUCAGGUUGGCUUGCAAAAGGGUUCAAACGGCAGUUGAUAUUUUAUAAUAGUAGCAUUGAGAUUUAAGAUACGAAAGGGAAGAAAUGGGGAGUGGAAGGUAAACAUAGUCAGGUAUUGGAUAUUUUAUAUUGCUGCAUAAUGGCCAGGAGGCAGCUCUUGGGACAAAGUUAAACCAAAUGGCAGGCGGUCCCAGGGAGGUCGAUUCCAUGGGCCUUGCUUUCUUGCCUCUCUGCCUGAGGCAGUUAUGAGGAAUGGUCAGUUAUGGAGGCAGUUCGGGGAGGAGAGGAGCUAAACAGCAGUUGGGUCUCAGAAAAGCCAAGGUAGCGGACCUUGCUGCUUCUACUUUUUUUAACCUUGCCCUCUAAGGCAGCCUCAAAGAAUGGCCAAUGAUGGAGGCAGCUCUGGGAGGGGGUGGUCAAAAUGGCGGGUGGGACCUUGUGGCAGAGAACACCUCACUGUCUUGUCCUGCAAUAUGGGUUUCUCCCCUGAAGCCUUGAACCUUUUAGUUAAAAGGGUUGUCUCCACCAUCUAAACCCUUCCUUCCUAAGCCUCCUUCCUGAAACCUGCUUUAUGUCCCUUCACCAUCGCAGGACCAAGGCCCCAAACUGCCACUCCUUCGCUGGCCGGUCUGUGCCUGCGUCUGUCCCCGUGGGCCGUGCAUCGCAGACAGAGGUCCUUCAGCUUCGAGACAGGAAGCCACCCGGAGGGUUGCUUACGGAUCGAAGGAAGAGCCAUAAACAGAACUCGCCAGAGGAGCAGCUCCGGCCCAAGGACGAGACCGAGCGGCUGAGGAGAGACCUCCUGGAGAUCUUUGUGGACCAAGACAAGAAGGUUGAUUUUGUGCUCAUGCGAGAGCCCUGCUGCCAUGACCUCAACAAGCUUUCGGAGGCGAUACUCAGCCUCAAUUUCUGAGCCAGAAAACUUGUUGUCUCCCAAGGGGGCUGUGCAUUUAUCCAUGCAGCUGCAUCCAGAAUGGGCUCGCCCGUGCUGGUAUGACUGGUUUUUAGCGCCAGCUGUCUGUUCCUGAGGGAUACAGAAGAACCUUUUGCUAUCUAACACCGUGUGGUUAUUUUCCCUCAGAACUCUCUUAGUACGAAAAUCACAGAGCCAUUGAUGGUUCUCCUCAUUAGCCAGUAGCAAUAAUGAUCAGUUCAAAAAGCACCUAACAUUAAGGUAACUCAGGGUUUAAGAUACUACAUGCUGUGGGGUAGCCAACAGUUGUGCUUACUGGAUGUUGUUGGACUCAUCCCUGACCAUUAGUUGUGCUGGCUGGGGCUGAUGGGAAUUGGGAGUCCAACAACAUUUGGAGGGUACCACAUCGGCAAGUCUAUAUGGCCAGCCGAAGCUACACAGAGCAAUACGCCCCUGCCCUUCAACCUGCAUGGUUGGGCAAGUCUUCACUGUGAAUUUAAACUGAUUUAACUGUCAUGGCCUCCUCACACUACCACAGAAUUGUGGGAAAUGUUCCAUGAGGCAGAUUCCUGACAGGAUUCUCAAGCCUCCACACAAUAUUACACCGCCCAGGAGUCUGUGGGAUAAAAAAAUAACAUGGCAGUUAUAUUAAUUCCAGACCAACUUGAGAGAAGUUUUCAGAUGUCUUAGGGUUAGUCUAAGGACAGCUCCUUGGAAGGCCCUUGUACACCUUCCAAGUUAAGGAAGAAAUCAUAAUGCGACACGCAAGGGCACUUAUUCAUAAACUGGAACUGUUUUAGAUGAUGUCUUGGGCUGAACGAAAUGCCUUUUUACCUUUUAAAUAAUCUGUCCCAUAAACAUUGUUGAGCACACUUCCUGAAUUUUAAGACAGUAAAUAUUAUAUAUAUAUAUAUAUAUAUAACAUUCUGAGAUUUUAAUUUCUUAAAUUUAAACCCAACAUGUAGAUUAUAGUGUGCUCUUUCGGUUUGGGAUAACAAAUUAUUAUUUUCAAAUAUAUAUAUAUAUUUCCUUUAAAAAAAUGAAAAGAAAACUCUUCUCCGUUACUUAGAAAAUAGCAAAAUAUCCAAUUCCAUUCCCAAUCAAGGAAAAGAAGAAAUUUUGUUUUGUUUUCCUGGAAUGUAAAAAACAAACAAAACUGGACUGUUUUUAAAAGCUAAGAAAAUAAACCUGUUUUCUUGACC